AAAUAAGCUUGACUCGAUUUGUACCUCAACUUUGACUUGUAUAGCUGCGCGGGGUUUUCUCUAAACAUGCAGACCCUGGACUGCGGCUUCAAUGCUGUCUCUUGGACGCUGUGGAUCCCUCCUUCUGGUCCGGCUUACUGUAACCGCGACAGCUUCGACCAAUCAGACAGGGGUGACUUUGUCUGCUACUCGGAGAAUUCGACGCGUCGCUGCGGCGUGAAGCAGUACCUAUAUGUUGCAGUAAAUGGAGGAAACUACCUGGAGAGGGACCUUGGCAACGGUGUCAAAUCCAGAUCUCUCAUUGUGGACACGGACAACUGCAAGUACCUCCUUCAGAGAGAGUGCUACGAUGACGGCUCCGUGUGGCACUACAUGACGUACAAGGACACGUGGACCCAACCCGAAAUCGAGAGCUUCAAGGCAAGGGUCCAGACCGAACCAGCGCUUAGCUUUCUCAGACCGUACUCGUUUCUGUGCCCCCUAGGAAUACCGUAAAAUGCGCCCGUUAUUUCAGUGAAGACGCAGCUGUGUCAUCCUUUCGAAGUCUGUAGCGUUUACGAGCUCUUAAAAACAACAACAAAAUGCGCAGCUUUAUACGACCGUUUUGAACGUUUACAAACGAGGCGUCAGUGCCGUCUUUUUUUUUUUUCUUUUUUUUUUUAAUGCGUGAGAGCUCAUUUAAAGCUAUACUUUAAGGCUUCCUUCUCAUUCUUGAAUUACGGUGUUGUUGCAUCUUGCGCUAUAAGUUUCUAGAACAUUUCUCGUUUUCUUACCUUCGAAUACGGUGCGAUAUGCGCAACUGAAAUAAAAUGGUUGUU